UCAAAAUGGCCCUGUAGGUUGAAUGGCUGUAAUAAGCUCUCCAUCUUGCAGUAAUGCAAGUAAAUUAUUAAUGCAGUAACUUCCAGUGUUAGGUUUAUUUUUUUUCAACAAAAGUUUCACAAAUUAUUCUCAGAAAAAAAAUUAAUAAAUGAUAAAUGUCUGAAAAUUGCCUUGCAAGCUGAGUAAGGGCAGUCUUUGUGAUUGAUGGGUUUUGGUGCUUUCUCACUAGCAAGCAGACUGUGCUCAAAAGUGAAAACAGAGAUAUCUAAGCUUCUUUAACAUAUCUUUCUUCCAGGGACAAAGCAGUAAAUGUGAGGUGAUGGAUGUGUGGGUAGCCCACUGCCUGCUCCUCUGGGCUGUGCACUUCUUCCCAGCUGCAUCACGCACUGCUCUCAGGGUAAGCUUCAUUAGACCUGAGACUGAUAAUCAGCAAGAAGACUGUAUAAAUCUUAUUCCCUGCAAAGAUAAUGGAGCUAUUUGUAUUCAGGCUUGUUCUCCCUCCUUCCAUGGGGAGACAAGCUUUGUCUGUGAAGACAGAAAGUGGCAAAUGUUCACAGAUGCCUGUGCAAACCUGGAUGUUCAGUCCCUUUUUCAGAGGAUUUCUGUGCGUGAUCUCCUUCCAAGCUCUGGAGGACAUGUUAGUGUGGCUGGAGGACAACUUCCUUUUGUAGGGAAAGGAAAGCCAGUGCAUGGGAAGCCUGGAGAUGCAGGAAAAUAUUUUGGUUCUGAUGACCUUGGCAAUAGUAACUGCCAAGCUGAUUUUUCAUGCAUCAUCCCAGAUAUCCUGUCUUCACCAGCCAUUCCAGGAAAUAUUGCUGAUAUAGUGGAAUUGCUAAAGAAGAUUUCCCUGCUCUUAUCAGUGCAUGUUGAUAGAGGAAAAAUGCAGAGCUACAGCAGGAUAGCAAACCAUAUUCUGAACAGCUCUGUCAUUUCCAACUGGGCUUUUGUAAAAGACAGAAAUGCCAGUUCAAUAUUACUGGACUCGGUGAAUUUAUUUGCUGGGAAACUUCUUCUAAGGAAUGGGUCAGAAAGCAUACAGGAACACUUCAUCUCUACAAAAGGCUACAGUGUACAUAAAAAUACUUCAGGAAAGAGCUUUGAUUUUUCUAUGGAGUUUAAUACCACAGCCAAUAUCACUGGGCACGUGGUCAUUCCAAAAGAAGAGCUUUUGAAGUUACCCAAGACUUCCAAAGCCAUCAGCAUUGCAUUUCCAACACUUGGAGCCAUUAUAGAAACCAACCGAUUGGACCCUGUUUCUGUGAAUGGAAUGGUGUUAUCGGUGUCUCUGCCAGAAGAGCUCCGUCACGUUUUGCUCAUCUUUGAAAAGGUGAAUAAACUUGAGAAUGUCAAGGCUCAGUGUGUAGGGUGGCACUCUACUGAAAGGAGAUGGGAUAACAGGGCAUGCAAAAUGAAGUCUGACAACAUCAGCAGUGUUGUUUGCAUCUGCAAGCAUCACCAUCGGACAUUCAAAUCCUUCUCCAUUUUGAUGUCCCCCACCGUGCUGCGAAAUGCAGUGCUGGAUUACAUUACACGUGUAGGGUUAGGCCUUUCUAUUUUCAGCUUGGUUCUCUGCCUUAUCAUCGAGACUGUUGUCUGGCAUCAUGUAACAAAAACUGAAAUAACUUACAUGCGCCAUUUUUGUUUGAUCAACAUUGCUACAUCGCUUCUCAUUGCUGAUGUUUUGUUCAUCUUGGCUGCCAUUGUGCACAGUACAGCUCUAAACUACAAGCUGUGUGUAGCAGCCACUUUUUUCCUUCACUUUUUUUAUCUUGCCUUGUUUUUUUGGAUGUUUACCCUCAGCCUCUUGAUUCUCUAUGGAUUAUUACUCAUUUUUUUUAAGAUAACAAGAUCUGCAUUCAUAGCUACAGCAUUCUUUAUUGGAUAUGGAUGUCCCUUGGUCAUAUCUAUCCUCACUGUUGCUAUUACUGAACCAAAAAAUGGGUAUUUAAGGAGUGGAGCCUGCUGGCUCAAUUGGUAUGAGACAAAAGCCCUUUUGGCCUUUGUUGUACCUGCUCUGAGUAUCAUUGUUGUGAAUGUGGUGGUGGUGGUAGUGGUUGUGGUGAAGACUGGGCGAUCCUCUGUUGGAGAAGGCUGCAAGUCACAGGAUUUGAGCAGCAUGAUCCGAAUUAGCAAAAAUGUUGCCCUUCUGACACCUCUUCUGGGUCUUACCUGGGGGUUUGGAUUAGCAACGAUUGUCGACAGUCGCUCCCUGGCAUUCCACGUUACGUUUGCACUACUGAAUGCCUUCCAGGGAUUCUUCAUCCUGUUGUUUGGGACACUUCUGGAUAGAAAGACGAGAGAAGCCUUGAGGAUGAGCUGCCUUUCAUCAAGGCGGAAGUGUAGUCUAGCAAAGUCCUAGCAGUGGACAGUUGUCUUCAGUGCGUUUGACCAGUGGGAGAAAAAAGGAGCAUUUCUGACACAAAGGUCCUGGUUUGAGAUGAGCCGAAGUGGCUGACCGGCUUGGAGCAUGGACAGCACUGUCUUGGAGCACAACCACGGGAAACAUCGUGAAAACCAGAAGAGAAAAGGCCCUGACCCUGCUGUCAGGAGCAGGAAACCAUCAGUGUUGCUGCAACCCUUGGAGGAAAAUGCUGAUACAUAAAGGAUGUUUCUUACCUUCAUGAAAACUGCUAUGAGGAGAGUUUGUCCUCAUUUGCAAUUUCAGUUCUUCAUUUCUAUUUUUCCCAUGUCAGUGCAGCAAGGAGCUGUACAGCAUAUGGAGCUGUUCUAAAAUGAUUUAAUUUUUCAUGUGAUGUACCAAUAUUAAGUGUUAUCUAGCUGCUUUUGGAUGUCUUUGAUAAAAA